AGUCCUCACACAGGGAAAAACCCCUGUGAAUGGGGUGAAUGUGGAAAAACAUUUCGGCAGAUGUCAGCCCUCAUAAAGCAUCAGAGAAUUCACACAGGUGAGAAACCAUAUGAAUGUAAUGAAUGUAGGAAAUCUUUCUUUUACAAGUCAUCUCUUGCUAUGCAUCAGAGAAUUCACAGAGGUGAAAGACCCUAUGAGUGUAAUGAAUGUGGAAAAUCCUUUCAGCAAAAGUCACUCCUCACCAUCCAUGAGAGAAAACACACAGGUGAGAAACCAUAUGAAUGUAGUGAAUGUGGAAAAGCUUAUAGUGAAAAAUCAUACCUCAAUAGGCAUCAGAGAAUUCACACAGGUGAGAAGCCAUAUGAAUGUAAAGAAUGUGGGAAGAGAUUCUACAGUAAAUCACACCUCAGUGUACACCAGAGAAUUCAUACAGGUGUGAAGCCCUAUCAAUGUAAGGAAUGUGGAAAAAAUUUCUACAGUAAAUCACAUCUGAAUGAACAUCAGAGAAUUCACACAGGUGAGAAAUCAUAUGAAUGUAAUGAAUGCAGUAAAGCGUUCUACAGAAAAUCACACCUUAGUGCACACCAGAGAAUUCAUACAGGUGAGAAACCCUAUGAAUGUAAAGAAUGUAGGAAAGCUUUCUACAACAAGUCACAACUUAAUGCACACCAGAGAAUUCAUAUAGGUGAGAAAUCGUAUGAAUAUCAACAAUGUAGGAAAAGCUUCAACCAUAAAGCUGCUCUGACUCUGCAUCAGAGAUGUCACACUGGUGAGAAACCAUAUGAAUGUAAAGAAUAUGCUAUAAGUUUCUAUAAUAAAUCAAAAUUAAGUGGAUGUCAGAUUAUUCACACAGGUGAGAAACCCUAUGAGUUUAAUGAGUAUAAAAAAACCUUUUACCAGAAGUCACACCUUAGCAGCCAUCAGAGCACUGACACUAGUGAAAAACUAUAUCAAUGUAAAGAAUGUGGGAAAGCCUUUACAAAAAUGUCACAUCUCAACAGACAUCAGAGUAUCCACACAGGUGAGAAACCAUAUGCAUGUAAAGAAUGUGGAAAAGCCUUCAGUGAAAAGUCAUACCUCAACAGGCAUCAGAGAAUUCACACAGGUGAGAAACCAUAUGCAUGUAAAGAAUGUGGAAAAGCCUUCAGUGAAAAGUCAUGCCUCAACAGGCAUCAGAGAAUUCACACAGGUCAGAAAUGCUAUGAGUGUAAAGAAUGUGGAAAAACUUUUAACUGAAAGUUACAUGUCAGCAGGCAUCAGAACUCAUGCAAAUGAGAAACCAUAUGGGUGUAAAUCAUGUAAUAAACUUUCCCACUGUAAGUCAUACCUCACUGAACAUCAGAAUUCACAGAGGUGAGAAAUCAUAUGAAUGCAAUGACUUUGAGAAAAUAUAUAUCAAAAAUUAGCCGUAACUAUACAUGAAAGAAAUCACACAAAGGGAAGAACCAAUAAAUGUUAAUGUGUGGGAAAAACCUUGUGUCAAUACUCACACCUGAAGAUGCAUCAGAGAAUUCACACAUAAUAUAAUCCCUGUAAAUGUCAAGGUGUCCCUUGUUAUUCACAAGGAAUUGAUUUCAGGACCUCCCAUGAAUACCAUCUUCCUCUCAUUCCUCUUUCCUUAUCAAACUACUGUAACCACCUAUUUGUUUCUCCCUCUUAAAAUAAUUUAAUCCAUACACAAGCCUGUCACUGCUUCACAAACA